UUUUAAGCGAAGUAUUUAGCAGUUCGGACGUCGUACUUUCCAACAACACAAGUGCAAUAAAAACAACAAUUCCUGAGUGUUAAACAGCUGCAAAUUAAAUAAAUGAGUAGUCCAAAAUAUUUGUAUUUGUAAUAGGCCUUUGCCGAUCUCAUCAUCAUAUACUGAUAAAUUUGAGCCAUAUGUAUGGAUGCACAUACUUGUACAUAUAUUAAGCUUGUAUUCAGACUCAUAUGCUACAUAUGUAUAUGUCAAAGACUGAUAGUUUCGGUGAUAGAAGAAUCUUGUGAAGCUCAAAAUUGUUGAUAAGACAUUAAAUAGAUAAAUUGACUAUCAAAUUAUGAAACAAUACAUACAAUAUAUGGCAUAAUUAGUGGGUUGCAAGUGUUAAAACUUAUAAACAUUAGUACGUAAAUGGACUUUUAAUGUGAAGUAAGAACAUUGUUGCUUUUGUGCUUUGCAUUAUUAUAUUAUAUAUUAAUUAUGACAACGGAAACACUUAAGCCCUUUCUAUCAACGUCCCGCCGAGCGGAUAGCGUUACUACAAUGCGCUUGAGCACCACAUCACAUUGUCAACCAGGCUUCAACUUUAAGCGGAUAAUUUUCGGCACAUUUGCUGUGGUUUUCUUUUUAUGUUUGUUUGGUUUUAUGUAUGUUCACUUUCGGCGUAUUUCUCAAAUUGAAGCGAAUGUUCAACAUUUGACGAAAAAAAUAUUGAAAAUGCAAGCACGUCUGGGCCUGACGAAUUUGGACGAUUUGGACGAUUAUGGAAAUGAGUACGAUACCGUAAUUAUUGAUCAACCAAAAAUAUCACAAAAUGGUGGAGGAAAAUUGAGCCAAGGAGAUGAACAAUAUACAGCGGAUGUUGAUUAUUACGAAAAUGAAUUUGAUUAUACUGAGUUUAGAAGCCAGUUACCCAUUAUGAACUUUGACGAGGAUGAAGAUGAUGAAGCAAAAAAUUACAUUAUUAAUGACGAUUCUAAAGGAAAUGACGAUGGAGAUGAUGAAAACGUAAUGGAAAUAUCAGAUGAUAGCGAUUUAUAUGAAGAUUUUUCCAAAUUCAAUGCCUCACGAAAAAAUAACACAAGUUUCAGUGCGCGUAAUCCACGUGCCAUUGAAUCAGAACUAUUUAGCAAAGACGAUCAGAAAUCUAAAAUCAUAGGCUUAAGAAAACGUGCUGAUAAAUCUAUGGAUGUCCUUAAUCACCCUAAGAAUAUGGUGAUACUUAGACUGCCACUUUUACGCAAAGAGUUAUCAGAUGGUAAACAUGAAGAAAAUAUUUCACCAAUGGAACAAAAAAGUUCAAAACAAUCUCAAAGGAGAGGAAUGAAUCACCGAAGGUAUAAAAAUUCGAUUGUUAAAAAAGCUAAGUCCGCGCGUCAAAUAGAAGCUGUAGCGAACACUCCCGCCGCACACUUUCAUUUGAACCACAAAAUCCCAGACCGUUUUGCCAGCAUUAGAAUCGAUUCUUUUUCCGGCGAUAUUUAUAUUGGUCAUCCCAGUUGGCCAAAUGAAAUUGACGUCGAUAAGUAUUUCAAAGUGGAAAAUGGCGUAUUAACAGUAUAUGAAACGGGCCUUUAUUACGUAUACGCGCAGGUUUGUUACAACAAUACUCAUGAUCAGAAUGGAUUUGUGAUAUUUCAUGGUCAUAAGCCAUUUCUUCAAUGUUUAAAUACUGUACCAACGAACAUGCCACACAAGAUUCAUACUUGCCACACUAGCGGUCUUAUCUACCUGAAAGAACAUGAAACAAUUCAUUUACGUGAUUUUCAUAGUGAUAGAAAUGCUAUUUUAAAGGAGUCCAAUAAUCGGAGCUAUUUUGGGUUAAUAAAAAUAUAAAAUAUAUACAGAAAUAAUUACUAAAUGUGUAAUAUAAGGUUACACAUAGAAAUAAAUUUUACAUAUGUACAUACAUACAUAUAUACUUACUUAUAGCUAAUUUUUCUUGAAUUUGGCUCUUAAAUUGUUACUAAAAGUUUUGUCCAAUUUGUA